GUCUCUGGUUGCUAGGAGACGAAUCGCGUUGACGCCCCUUUCUCACAUCUGAGUGCCAUUGAUUGAACAUCAUCACAGCACGGAUCAGCUCUAUAUGUUUGAAACUCCCGCACUCCGCUGGUUAUCCACAGUACAGCCAUUCAAACUUGGUACAAGUGGAACAAGUCCACCCCAAUUAUACGCCGCAGCUGCUUUUGGAGAAACAGACCUGCGAGACGGACAUCCACGGACCCCCGCAGUGAGGUCGAGACAGUGCCGGCUAAUUGUAGCCACACAGCCAUUCACCGAGAUAUCUGUCAAAUGGGUGACGUCCUCCGCUGUGAGUUUUCCGGAGUCAGCUACAUUCCGUUGAGGACUGACGGCCCUGAAUUCAGCUACAAUAUACUACCAGCGGAUCAGUUUCACAUUGAUUAUCAGAGGCAUUAAUUGCAGCACCUUGUUUUACCCCGUGUAAUUUCACACAGGACCCUGCAGCAUCAUUCAGGAACCAGCACGGUGGAUUACAUGGUAGUAAAUAAGACAAUAUCCGUCCCUGUGUGUCAGGAGGGCUAAGCAGUACCCAGAGCCCCAUCACGGUGCCUCCACCUCACUCAUUGAUACACGAUAGGCACAAUGACCAGAAGAUCCUGGAACUCGCCAACAAGAUCAUUCAUCUGCUGACUGGAGAGGUUCCUAUAAGGUGUGAGGAUGUCACUGUCUAUCUCUCCAUGGAGGAGUGGGAGUACAUAGAGGAACACAGGGGUCUGUACAAGGACGUGAUGAUGGAGAAUCACCGGCCCCUCACAUCACUGGAUGGGGCCAGUAACAGGAAUACCCCAGAGAGAUGUCCCCGUCCUCUUUAUUCCCAGGAUCAUACAGAGGAGAAUCACAGUGUCCCACAGGAGGGUCAGGGUGAGGACCUGACUGAAUUUAAAGUGGAAGAUAUAAAAGAGGAAGAGGAGACAUAUGUGAGGGGUGAUCAGCAGUGUAAGGAGGAGGAAUUCCCUACAGAUGGGGCCAGUAACAGGACUACCCCAGAGAGAUGUCCCCGUCCUCUUUAUUCCCAGGAUCACACAGAGGAGAAUCACCGUGUCCCACAGGAGGGUCAGGGUGAGGACCUGACUGAUUAUAAAGUAGAAGAUAUAAAAGAGGAAAAGGAGACGUAUGUGAUGGGUGAUCAGCAAUGUAAGGAGGAGGAAAUCCCUACAGGUAUCAGCACAGAUGGACACAACAGCAGGAAUAACUUGGGGAGAUAUUCCAUAGUAUCUCUAGAUUGUGAGAGUUACAAUAAGAACUUAUCCCAGAACUCUCCGGGAGAAAACCCCAUUACCCCAAGUAUACAUCCAGCAUUUCUCGGUGCAGAUAUAUCAUCUGAUCCUUCUAAUCAUGAAGAAUGUUCGCCUGAUAAUUCCAGUAUUGUUACACACAGUUCAGAUCAUACAGAUGAUAAAACAUUUCCAUGUUCUGAAUGUGGGAUAAGUUUUACAAAGCAGAUAAGUCUUUCUAUACAUCAGCAGAGAGUUCACAAAGCUGAAAAGCCUUUCCCAUGUCCUGAGUGUGGGAAAUAUUUUAGAAAGCAUUUAAGUGUUUCUCAACAUAAGAGGAGAGUUCACAGAUCUGAUAAACCUUUUCCAUGUUCUGAAUGUGGGAAAUGUUUUAGAGUAAAUAGAGAGCUCAUUUGUCAUCAAAGACUCCACACCGGUGAGAAGCCCUAUUCAUGUCAUGAGUGUGGGAAAUGUUUUAUACAGAAAGGACAGCUUGAUAAACAUAUGAAUGUUCAUCCAGGUGAGAAGCCAUUUCCAUGUUCUGAAUGUGAUAAAAGUUUUACAGUGAAAUCAGAUCUUAAUAAGCAUCAAAGAGUCCACACAGGUGAGAGGCCAUUUUCAUGUUCUGAAUGUGAGAAAUGUUAUACACAGAAAGGAUCUCUCGACACACAUAGGAGAACUCACACAGGUGAGAAGCCAUAUCCAUGUUCUGAAUGUGGGAAAUGUUUUAGAGACCAUGCACAGCUCGUUAUUCAUCAAAAAGUUCACACAGGUGAGGGGUUAUUUCCAUGUUCUGAGUGUGGGAAAUGUUAUAAACGGCAGGGAAGUCUUGCUGCACAUCAGAGAUUGCAUACAGGUGAGAAGCCAUUUCCAUGUUCUGAAUGUGAAAAAUGUUUUAGUGAUAAAUCAAAGCUCAUUACUCAUUAUAGAUUCCACACAGGUGAGAAGCCAUUUUCAUGUCCUGAGUGUGGGAAAUGUUUUAGACAUCGGACAGCACUUACUUCUCAUAAGAGAACUCACACAGGCGAGAGGCCAUAUUCAUGUUCUGAGUGUGGGAAAUGUUUUGCACAGCAGGGAACAUUUGCUAAACAUCAGAGAACUCACACGGGUGAGAAGCCAUUUUCAUGUCCUGAAUGUGGGAGAUGUUUUGCACGUCAUGAAACACUUGUAGAACAUCAGAAAACACACACAGGUGAGAAGCCAUUUCCAUGUUCUGAGUGUGGGAAAUAUUUUGUACGGCAAAAAGAUCUCAAUAGUCAUAAGAGAGUUCAUACAAAUGAUAGGCCAUUUUCAUGCUCUGAGUGUGGAAAGUGUUUCAAAUAUAAAUCGGUUCUUGUGCUUCAUCUGAAACUUCACACAGGAGAAAAAUAAUGUGUUUGACUGUCUGGAGAAAAUAUAGGAUUGCAGCGGCAUUUGCAAUACUAUAAUAAAUAAAAAAAAUCAAAACAA